AUGAACGGACUACUCCGAACUGAUGGUGCUCGCAUCAUCGAUGCGCAGGGGAACCCAGUUCUUCUCAGAGGAGCUGCCCUCGGCGGAUGGAUGAUGAUGGAAAACUUCAUGAACGGAUUUCCAGGCCGUGAGCACCAGAUCCGACACGCAUUGAAAAAGGUGCUUGGUGAGGAAAAGACGGAGUUCUUCUUCGACAAAUUUCUCGAAUAUUUCUUCACAGACAAGGAUGCCGCCUUCUUAAAAUCCAUAGGCUUCAAUUGCGUUCGCCUGUGUCUGAACUAUCACCACUUCGAAGAUGACAUGAAGCCCUUCAAGAUCAAAGAGGAAGGCUUCAAACACGUCGAUCGUGUAAUCGACAUUUGUGCCAAACACGGAAUUUACACGAUCAUCGACAUGCACGCUCUCCCUGGUGGCCAGAAUCAGGACUGGCACUGCGACAACCCGACCGGUCACGCCGCAUUCUGGGACCAUAUCCAUUUCCAAGAUCGUGCAGUCAAUCUCUGGGAGCACAUUGCCAAGCGCUACCGUGGGAAUGCCUGGGUGGCUGGUUACAAUCCCAUGAAUGAGCCUGCAGACUCAGAAUGGACUCGCCUGCUGAACUUUUACGACCGCAUCGUCCCCGCCAUCCGCAAGGUCGACCCCGAGCACAUCCUCUUCCUCGAAGGCAAUACUUUCAGCAUGGACUUCACCGGCUUCGACAAGGUCUUCCCUAACUCAGUGUACGCAGUUCACGAUUACUGCGGUUUCGGAUUCCCGAAUAGAAUCGGCAGAUUCCAAGGCCAAGCAGACCAAGAACAGUAUAUUCGAAGGAUGUACGAUCGCAAGGUUGCCUUCAUGAAGGAGCACAAUGUUCCCAUCUGGAAUGGUGAAUUCGGCCCUAUAUACGAGCGAAAGGAGAACAAUCCUGACUGGGAACUCCACAACAAUGAGCGCUACGAUAUGCUCGAGAGGCAACUCGCCAUUUACAGCGAUGAAAGCAUUGCAUGGUCCAUCUGGUCAUACAAGGACAUCAACGUCAUGGGACUGAUGUAUCUGGCCCCUGACUCAGCCUGGUUCAAGCUCCUCGACCCCAUCAUCCAAAAGAAGAGGGAUCUGGCUGUCGACUCAUGGGCAUACGACGACGCCCACCUCCAAGACGGCCUCUUCGGGCCACUCCACAAAUGGUUCGAGGAUAAUGUACAGCCACCUUACAACAAAAAGUACCCGUGGCAAUGGCGCAUGCACAUGCAGGUCUUCCGGCCGAUCAGAGGUAUCCUUCUCGCAGAAUACCUAGUCCCCGAAUGGGCUGAUUACUUCAAGGACAAGACUUUUGAAGAACUGGAUGAGCUGGCCGCGAGCUGGAAGUACGAGAAUUGCCAUCAGAGAGAGAGAUUGAAUGAGCUCAUGGGCACUUAUGCGCCCAUGACAUCAGAAGAUAAGAGGCUCGAGGGCAAGGUUAUCAAAGCUGAGAAGACGUCAGAGUCCGCCGUGACCAGCGCAGACAAGUCUGUGUCUGGUGUUGGUGUAUUUGAGCUCUCUCCAGAAGAGAAAAAGAAGGCAAUCGAAAGCCAGCAACCUGUACCCGUAGCAGCAUAA